AGAUCUGUAGCCGGAUAUCCGUUCUCUUUUCCGUGGCGGACCGUCGCGGGUUUGGUUUGGUAAGAUGAAGCUGAACAUCUCCUUUCCUGCUACUGGCUGCCAGAAGCUGAUAGAAGUUGAUGAUGAACGUAAGCUUCGCACCUUCUAUGAGAAGCGUAUGGCCACUGAGGUAUCGGCUGACCCCCUGGGAGAUGAGUGGAAGGGCUAUGUGGUACGCAUCAGUGGCGGUAAUGACAAGCAAGGCUUCCCCAUGAAGCAGGGAGUGCUGACCCAUGGCCGUGUGCGUCUGCUUCUCAGCAAGGGUCAUUCCUGCUACCGCCCUCGCAGGACUGGAGAGCGCAAACGCAAAUCUGUCCGUGGUUGCAUUGUUGAUGCCAACCUCAGUGUACUCAACUUGGUCAUUGUUAAGAAAGGUGAGAAGGACAUUCCUGGACUGACUGACAGCACUGUCCCUCGCCGUCUUGGUCCCAAGAGGGCCAGCAAGAUCCGAAAGCUCUUUAAUCUGGCUAAGGUGGAUGAUGUUAGGCAGUAUGUUGUGAGGAGACCCCUGACUAAAGAAGGCAAGAAGCCCAGAACUAAGGCUCCUAAAAUCCAGAGACUCGUGACACCUCGUGUGUUGCAGCACAAGCGUCGUCGUAUCGCCCUGAAGAGGCAGCGCACCCAGAAGAAUAAGGAGGAGGCUGCUGAGUACGCAAAGCUGCUGGCCAAGCGAACAAAGGAGGCCAAAGAGAAGCGCCAGGAACAGAUUGCCAAGCGGCGUCGCCUGUCUUCUCUGAGGGCAUCUACAUCCAAAUCGGAGUCCAGCCAAAAGUGAAAUCCUAUUCAAAUAAAGUAAUGUUUUGCUGAUAAUGU